CUUUAUCUAGUAACUAAAAUAUCUUUUGUACGCCCUAAUCCCAAAGUGCAAUCUACAUGCAAUAAAUAAAUUUCCUGAAUAACGGCAUCAUUUGUAUAUAAAAUAAAUCCAGAAAAUCUAUUGAAAAUUUAGCUUCAAGCAAUCUAAUUAUUCAGUGAUAAAAUAAUUGAGAAGGUGUAAACAUACCGCUGCAGAUGGCACAGUGCAAACCGAUUCUAACUUAUUCCGGCGAUGCCCGACUGUUCAAAACCCUUGAACCGCACAUCGUGGCGGCCCUUCCUUCGGACACGGCCGAGUGGAAGCGUUCGUACGGCCGCCCAGUGAAAAAUGUCCGCGUCGAAGCCACCUUUGAGCCUUUCGACGCGUCGAUGUUGGACAAAUAUCGUGACGGGAACUGGAGCAUCGUAAAUCAUCCGGUUAUGCACAUCUACGUGACCGAGUGCAACGACGUAGAAGUGUACCGGGCGUCAGUCAAGGAGGAGAUCGACCAGUGGCUGAAAAUCUUGAACAAUUACAAUGUAGCGGACUGGAUGAUUUUGCUCGUGGAAACUUUGGAUAUCAAAAAAUCAAAAAACAUACUCCCCCGGACAACGGUUUUGGAUAAAAUUCGGCUCGAUUUUGCAUCUAAGAAUGGGGAUCGUUGUCUUUCGGUGCUGAAUCCGACCAAGUUCGAGAUGAAGGCAACAGAAUCGUUUCGCUGUUUGCUGCAGCGCAUACGUCAUCUAAUGCUGACUGGGUAUAACAAGAAUAUUGUCAAAUAUGAAGAGCUAAUUCGUUCCAAUCGUGAAAACAGGAUACAAGAAAAUUGGAACUUUGUAGACUAUUUUCUACUACAAGAAGAACUUGCUUUUGUUUUAGAAAUGUUGGGACAAUAUUCCGAAGCGCUAGUGCAGUAUGACGAACUAGACGCUUUAUUCUCACAGUUUAUUCUAAAUUCGGUGUAUGGUGAGAAGCAAAAGUGGCUCCAGAUUUUUGAUCAACCAUUGUAUGCCUUUCAUGGCAUUUCACUGAAUCCCAUCAAAAUGGAUGAAACACGCAAGAAAAUCAUAAGUCAGUCAGUUAAUUUGUUGGAGUUUAGAAGCUAUCUUUUCGAAAGGCAGUGCUUGUUGUUGGAUGCAAAUGGAAAACCAUGGGAAAUUGCUGAACGCUUAUUACCGUUCUUGUUUUCCACGCUACGAGAAAUUGAAGCUUUAAAGCUCGAAACGCCAGAAGGAGCUUUAGCGUGUUGGGAGUUCGUUUGUGCUCUAGAAGUGCUGAAUCUGUGCGAUAAAGUUCAAGAAUCUAAAGACAUUCAUAAGUGUUCCCAGUAUUCGGCUCCUAUCUGGAACCUUGCCAAGGACAAACUCUACAGCCUUGGGAAGCAUUGUGGUCUGCUGCCCGGUUUUCAACCAACCUCUGAACAACUUCACGCAGUUGUUCAUUUAUCGGCAGGGAUGGGCGACAGCCUCCCUGAAAAUACGAAAGGGCUGCUAGAAGUUGAAACAAAGGACAAGAGAGCACAUUCUCCCGCACGCAAACCCAAAAAGUCUGCAACCGAUAGUCUUAAGGAAGCGCUAGGAUCUAACCAGGCGUUUACCAAGUUGUAUUUAGAGCUGAGUGAACUGGCCAUCAGUACGUACAAGCACGUGUCGCGAUUGCGAUCAGCCCGCCUAGUUGGGCUGGACUUGGGUAAUUUUUAUAUUACACUAAAUGAGCCGCAGAAAGCGGUGGUAUUUUUUACUGACUUGUUGCGGGAACUGAAAACCGAAAAUUGGCACCAUCUGGCUAGUCAAACGUUGUUGGAAUUGGCGUCAUGCUACAAGAAGAUGGACGAUUGCGUAAAUUACACAAAAACAUGCAGUGCUAUAUCUUGCUGCCUAGAUCUGGAAAACAUGGUACGAAGUUUUUAUUUUGACGAAUUUAUUAAAUCAUUGCAAAGUCUUAAAGAUUUGCAAAACGUUGACAUCGAUGCGUUAAAUGUCAUAACCGCUUUAGAAGAUCAUUUUAAGAUAAUCGACAUCGCCAUCCCGCAAACGUCAAUCAUACAGGACGACACAGUUUCUGUCGUGUUGAAGGUGGCGAGUAAUUUUCCAAGAGAGAUAGUCUUUCAGCAGGUGUCACUUUCCUUUGAAAUGGACUCGAAACAGCUCACCGAUGGGUCUCCCUCAUCAACGGCAUUGAUCGAACAGACCGCACUGCUCCCUAUCUCCAUUCACUUGGACUACAAACAGGAUCGCACUCUGAGUUGCGCAUCGGUUGCAUGCGAUAACAAAGCCAAGCAGCCAGUCCGUCGGACCAGUAGUACUCGGCGUAAAAUAACCCCAACUCAACGUUCGGAUUUUACCAACUGCGUAAGUACCGAACAAGUUCUUCUCCAGCCAGGACUCAACGUAACCGAACUGAAAUGCAAGGCUAAACGUGUUGGAUCUUGGUCAUUCAAGCAACUAGCCGUGCAGCUAGACAACGUCGAAUUUCUAUCCGAAAGUCUACCGACGGGAUUGCCUAGUUUUGAAAUAAUCACCAAGGCAUCGUCAGCCGUUUUAAAUUUCAUGAACUUGGUAGCCGGAGUUGAACAACCAGUUAAACUGAUCAUAUCCGGAGGUAGCUUCAGAUUCCCUAAAGACGCCAACAUCGUGCUCAAAUGUUCCAAGAAUCUUAAAAUGAGAAUUGCGAAUCAGGAAGAUACCGAUGAGAAAAGUCCUUUUGAACGGGAACUUGUGGUCAACCUUCAGAACUUUGAAUCAUUCGAGGAACGCACAAUAGAAUUGGAAGCCUUAUGUGAUCUUCCGGGUCGACGCGAGGAGAAACCAAUAGAGCAGAAAGUUACUCUACAGGUUCCGUGGAGUCGCAACGAGAUACAAAUUCCGCUGCAUUUCCUGCCGGCAAUGAUCGCUUCCUGUCGUCUGCAUUCCUCUGGAGCGAAGAAAUUUUUGCAAGUAAUUCUUAAAGGAGUUAGUGACCAUAAACUCAUUCUCAAAGAUGCCACGAUGACCUGCACUGCUGAAGGAGUUACCAUCAUCGACAUCAAUCCCAAAUCGCAAAACGAAAUCACCAUGAGCAAAACGGUUUCUAUUUCUUACCUCUACGAAAUCCAAGUGGAAGCACUCAAAGCCGAAAGCGAACUCCCGGUAAUUCAUGUAGACUACAGGAUGAAGUUCGCCGAUGCUAGUCUACCGAAGGACAUUCGUUAUUAUAUUCCGUACUCGGUCACGUUCGAUGUGAUGGAUUAUACCACGUUGUUCACAAUUUGUGCUAAAAUCGAACCAUCCGAGCUGUGUCGGGUCAAUUCGGUUUGCCAUUUGAAUUUAAGAAUCUCCAAGGUGCACGCUAAUCCGUUUUCCGAUCUGAUGUACGAAGUGCUUGCCGAUCAGAACAUGUGGGUGGUUGUCGGAAGAACGGCCGGCGUCAUCUCAAUGGAAGAUGUCGACAGCCACAGUAUCACGUUGGAUGUUCUGCCGCUGACGGCUGGAUUCUUGCCUUUGCCCAACAUACGCCUGUCCAAGUAUAUCUCGGCAAACAAGUCCUCAAAAACGGAUGCCCAUCCGCGUUUGCAACCUUUCCCUCCCGGACAGAUUUACAACUCGACGAAAAGCAUGCAGAUCCACGUACUGGCUAGUAGCAACGCAGAAGCUUAGAAUAGAUUGUUCAGAAUUAUGUUUAUUAUACUUUUACUCCAUUAUUUAUAAAAUAUAUUAUUCACUGUUUAAUUGCAAUGAAUCUAUUCAAUUACAACUGAUUCAUUCAACGCAA